AUGUGUCGAGCGUAUCUUCUCCGUUGUGGCACUUGUAAGCUGGAGGUAGCGACAAGAUACGCGUUUCUCGUCAACUGUCGAAAUGGACAACAAGGAUGCUUUCAGAUGUUCCGACAAAACGACGACACACUUUUGGGACGACGUGAAGAUUCCAAGCCCUUCAAACCAUGUGACGAGCUCGAGACGAAGGAACAACUCUUUUUCGCAAUGAGCUGCCCUUAUUGUUAUGCUAAGGAUGAACGACCAAGUGCACACGAGCAAAAGAGGAUCGAAACAGGAGAGAGACUGUUCGCGAAGAUGAUCGCGGAUAACAGACCACUACUUUACGCAACUAGACUCCAUCCUGUGGACUUUGAUCGUUAUUUCGAGCAACCUGCAGUACAACGGCUAUUCCGAGUUCGAGGCGAAGAACGAAGACAGUUUGACGAUUUGUAUUCGGCUGCAGUCGCUUACUAUUCCUCCACCUUCGAGAUCAGUGGCGCAGAAGCCCAUAGUCAAAAUCCUCUCAACCUCAAGGCAAAGCUUAUGAUGCUUCUAGAAUCUACAUCGAUGCUCAACCUCGUGGCCGAUAAAGAGGAGGAAUAUGGCUAUAUAUACAAGGGAGAAGACGACAUCCCAUUGUUAUUACGUGAUCUCGAGCUCGCCAAAAUGGACGAUAAGGACUGCAACAUCUGCGGCGACGAGAUGGGUAAGGAGACGCCCCAGAAUACAGUGGAAUAUCCGGUCGAAACUCCAUGUCACCAUGUCUUUGGCAGCGGUUGUAUCAUCGCCUGGCUGGGUGAAAGUCAACCACCCACCUGUCCCAUGUGCCGCAGAGUAUUCUCGACGAAAUCACAUCGCUUUCCGGACGCGUAUUACGAUAAUCACCCAGAAAGUGGCUUCGGUACUAGUCCUCCGCGUAUUUCUGAUGAUUGGCCUGAAAUUCUGGUGGAUGCUGCUGCGCCAACCCAAUAUCAUGAUUCGGGGGCGUUGGGCCACCACGGGGACUCGGAAUAUUCGGUAGCUGCCUUGUAUUAUAUUGCAGGGAAUGCUCCCAUAGAGGGGUUUACUACAUCCGAGGAAGCUGUCGUCUUUGAUGAAAAUGGGGGGUUUGAGGGAGCUUUGAGUAUCACGGCCACACCUAGGUAUCAUUUGAGCACUCCUUCGCUUUUCGUUUUUGGAGGUAUGAGACCUGAAGAAAACGAGUUUACCGAAAGCAAUCCCUCUUGCAGAAAGGGUUCAGGACGGUCUCGCCGAUGUUAUAGCUGCCAACAACGCCCUGGAAAACUUUAUAUCUGA